UGUUGGGUUGCCUAAAAAGACAAAUUUCUCUCCGUACCGUGUGGUAGCGUCUCGGCCGCUAGAUGGCAGAAUGUCUUAAACGUGGUGCUCCAAUCCUCUACAACUGUGAGGAAGAAGAAGACAAUAAACAACCUUUGCGAAACGACGAGAAGCCAGUAUCACGGUCAACAUGGGCCACCACUUUGGAGACUUGGCCAGGAUCAGACAUAUAAUCACGUACAGUCUGUCCCCCUUUGAGCAGAGGGCCUUCGCCAACUAUUUCUCCAAAGGAAUCCCUAAUGUGUGGAGAAGGUUCACUGGGUCUUUUUUCAAAGUUGCCCCUCCCAUGAUACUCGCGUACAUGACGUACACAUGGGGCAACAGUGUUUUCGAGCAGCAAAAGAGGAAGAAUCCUGCUGACUACGAGAACGAUGAAUAAUCUCUGAAGCUUCCCGGGUUGUUAACGCUGUUUCACCAAUAAAGAUGAAAAAAGUAUUUAUGUGAAAUCA